AUGCCAUCUUUCUCCGUUCAGCAGGUCAAAGAGAGGGUCAAACCUCAUCUCUCAUGGACGGUGCCCGCCAGACAUGGAAUCUACGAGGACAGCAAAUGGUCCAACAAAGAUCUCGACCCAAUCGCGCCUGAGGAUCGCACUUGGGGCGGUCUUGAUUAUUGGGCAUACUGGACUUCCGACAUGAUGGCUCCGCCAUUGGCAUCCACCGUCUCGAGUGUCAUGGCCCUCGGUUUUACCGCCAGGGAGACAAUCCCAAUUGUCUUCUUUGGCUUUGCGAUUUGCAGCGUGGUCAUCACUCUCACGGGGAAGAUGGGCGCGACAUAUGCUGUGCCGUAUCCAGUCAUUGUUCGCUCCAUCUUCGGAAUGUACGGAUCGUAUCCGGUCAUCUUGAUUCGAGCAUUCGUCGCCUUGAUGUGGACUGCUAUUCUCACAGUCCAGGCCGGUGACUUCCUCCAACGCUGCCUCGAAGCCAUUUGGCCGAGCUUUAUCGACUUCCCCAACAAGCUCCCCGACGAUGCUGGAAUCACUUCUGCCGGUCUCCUUUGCCUCUUCCUUUAUUGGUUCAUUCAAACCGGCCUCGCCCUUAUGCCCAUCAAGAAACUCCGCAUCCUCUUUCUUGUCAAGGGCGUCAUCGUCCCUCCCACCUUCCUCGCGCUCUUCCUCUGGGCCGCUAUCGUAACCAAAGGAGGUGGACCAUUGGUCACAGGAAAGGCCAAAAUCACAUCCGACUACAUGAACACGGCAUAUUCUGCAUUGACUGGUCUUAAUGUUAUCAUGGGACUUUUCUCGUCCAUGGCCGUCAACAUGCCAGAUUUCGGUCGAUUCUCCAAGAACAGGUUGGGUGGAUAUCAUCAAUAUUUCGCUCUACCCGUGAUCGGAACGCUGGCUUCUCUCACUCCAAUUUUCGUCACUUCCGCUAACCAGUACCUCUGGGGAGAAUUCCAAUGGUACAUGCCAGCCGUCAUUGCAAACUUUGAUUCUCGUGCCGCCAAAUUCUUCACUGGAUUCAGCUUCAUCCUCGCCACGAUCGGAAAUCAGGUCGCUGCUGGUACUUAUCCCUUCUCCAAUGAUGUUACCGGAAUUGCGCCGAAAUACAUCAACAUUUUCCGAGCUACGCUGUUCAUUUCUAUUUUCUGCGUCAUUUCUACUCCUUGGAAUAUUAUCAAAAACGCCACUGGCCUGUUGGCUUUCCUGAGUGGCUAUUCCUGCCUCAUGGGACCGCUGGCUGGCGUUAUGGUCUGCGAUUACUACAUCAUCAAGAAACGCAAGCUCAAUAUCCACGAGCUCUACCGCAGCAACGGCAUCUACUGGUAUGAUGGCGGCGUCAACUGGCGUGCAUAUGCUGCCUUUAUCACCGGCUUCGCCCCGCUGCUUCCCGGAUUCGCCAAGAGCAUUAAGCAUGAGUUGAACGUUGGUGGUGCCUGGAAGAUUUACACUUUUGCGUGGAUUUUCGGAUUUACGCUAUCCACCUUGGUCUACUACGUUAUCUGUACCUAUGUGUCGCCUCCGACCGGAGCUAUGGUCGACGAAGCAGUCUAUCCCCGACAGAAAGGAGAUAUCGAGUCCGUCGUCGACGAGGUCUCUGAUUCCAAGGGCUCAUUUUCGGCCAAGGAGAAGGAGCUUAGCCCCACGCCUCCAGAGCACUAA